CAGAAACGACAAAACUUUGAACAGUCUAUGUGGCACUUUGGCUAUAUCCAAUAAUAAAAAUAUCAUGAAUUAAAAAAAUGCAUGUAUAACAUAAUUUUUAUUUCUGAGUAGAUGAGGAAGUAACAUAAGGCACCAUAUUCCAAUGCCCUUGCGAGAGUGAGUUGUCACACAUUAUUGUAAAUUCCUUUUGGACAAGCUCUUGCGAAGUAACAUUUGACAUAGUUAGUUUUGGUAAGCCUGUUAUUACAUUUUCUUGUUGUUUCAUAGCUUACCAUGACGCCACCAAUAACGUAAGAACUGUUUUCGAAUGAUUUACGCCCCGUCCAAACAAACACCAGUGCGUGGGUAAAUGACCUUUGAUUAGAUUCCAUAUAAAUACCUGUUUCUAUAACCAUAUGUCUUAGUGAUUCACCGCCAAAAUAUCGAACUGACAACUGUGGUUCUAGCUGCAGAAUUUGAUUAUUCAAAGCAUAAAGCAAGUUUUCUCAUCGGGAAAUGUCUAAAGAAAUGAAUUUCCUGAUAUUUCUCAAUCCAAUAAAGCUUUGAAACAGAAGCUAAGCAAAUAUCAGUUGAAAAUGAUUUUCCAUAAACGAAAUACUCAGUUUCAUUCUUUUUGGAAACACUUUUUUAUUUAAACAAAUGCUGUUGUCAUGUAACCGUUUUGCAUUGGUCUUUUGUAAUGGUACAUGACGUCAUGGCUGGGACACCUGAACGGUCUAGAGCGCGUUCUUUCGGAACGCGCCCUUGGUAACAGCUGGUAUGUGCCAAAUGUACCAAACCAAAACCUGUGACAUAAAUAUAACCAAACUUAUUAGGAUUUAAAAAUGUUUUAAUUUCUUCAUUUCAACUAAUCUUGAAUUUAGGCUUUUAUUAUAAAUUAAGGGUGUAUAUAUGUACAAAGAGUGAUAAGAUGGACUCCAUAAUUACUAAACAAGUCAAAUGUGGUAUUUGCGGAGAUGGUCAUGCACCUACUGAAUGUAAUAUAGUUGCUGUUAGAAGUUAUAUUCCAGACAAACCAGUACCUUCAAGGGCACGACUAAGCUUACCCGAUAAGUUGAAGCUUGUAACUCUGGCAGAUGAUACAAAUUGUAUAUGUACUCUUGGUUUAAUAGAGAAAGGAACAAAAUUUGGUCCCUUCCAAGCCAAGAAGCUCUGCUCACUCAUGCCUCAGAUUGAGUUUCCUCUAAAAAUAUUUGCUAGUUCAGAAGAGGAUCUGGCAGAAUAUUAUUUAGAUACAAGUGAUGAAUAUGAGUGUAGCUGGAUGUUUUUUGUAAGAGCAGCUUCUUCAUUCGAAGAGCAAAAUCUAAUUUCAUAUCAGGAGUCUGAUGAUUUAUAUUAUGUUGCAAUAAGGGACAUACAUGUUGGGGAGGAAUUAAAAGUAUGGUAUGCUCCAUAUUAUGCUACACAAAUGAAUAAGCACUUGCUUUUGCAACCGGUAGUAGAAAAAGAAGUUAAUUUUGAAACUGAUGGUGAUGAUCGUCUAGAGGAAAUUGUGAGAAUGAAGGGUAGAGUAAUAUUAAGGGAUACUUGGAGCUGCAAAUUUUGUGGAAAAGUGGAGCAUAAAGUAACAGAAUUUGCUACACAUCUAGCAUCCCAUUACAGAGCUAAGCUCAGGAAUAAUUGUGACAUAUGCAGUGAGUCUUUUUUGACUAAAAGGUCAUACCAAAAGCACAUGCAUAUAGUUCACAAUAAAAAGACUAAAAUCCUGCACAAAGAAAAUCCCCCAGAAGCAAAAUUAUGUCAGCCAGCCAUCUUAGAGAAAGAACAAAUCAGAGAAGUUUCAAAAACUCAGGAUUCUUGUCUUGGCGGACCAUUACUUCUCAACAGCAUUGCAUCAGAGAGCUUGGAUAAUUCAGGAUUUCAGCACUUCAAUCAAGGGAUGACCAGUCUUCUUGAGAAUGAAAAUCUGAUUUCUCAGGGGGUGAUGAAUCAGUCCACAAUGUUAGAAAGUGAUAAUAUGAAUUUGAACGUGGACAGUAUCCUACAAGAAAAUGUAAAAGAGCUAGACCACUUCAACUUUGAAUUAGGAGAAUCAGAUACUGAACAACUGAUCUGUGAUGUUUGUCUCAAGAUAUUCACAAAGUUAAAGUACCUAUUGGUACAUUUAGAGUCACAUACCGGAAAGUUUAUUUGUUAUGAUUGUAAUAAAGUGUUUACUCGGAAAGAAACCUACCAACAUCACUCUUGCACCUCGUUUUUCAGUUUUAAGUGUCCGUACUGUGAUAAGCUUUUCUACCAACAAAAAGGACUAAAUCAUCAUGUCAAAGUAUAUCACGACAAAAAAUUCAUGUGUACAGUGAGUUGCGGCAAGAUUUUUAGGAGUGAAAAGGAGUUGAAUGAUCAUACAUGCCCGCUGCCUACACCGAAAGUAAAACGAUUUCCUUGCGAUGUUUGUGGUACAAAGUUCACAGAGAAGAAAAACCUGCAUAUGCAUAAAAAGAGGCAUACUGAGCUGAAGACUAAGUAUACCUGUCCAAUUUGUGGAGUGGAGUUGUCUUUUAGAGAAACGUAUUUGAAGCACGUUCGAUUACAUGAAGGACCCGGUUUUUUAUGUGAUAUAUGCAAUAAGAUGUAUAAGAGGAAGGAUAUUCUAGUUGAACACAAACGACUAACUCAUGGAAACCUCACGGUAGCUUGCGAGGUAUGCUCGAAACAAAUAGCACCGAAAAAUUUGAAAAAGCACCUGUUACUUCACCAGCCCGAUAAAGGUUUUAAAUGUCCGAUUUGCAACUUUGCUUUUAAACAACAAAACGCCUUACAAAGGCAUAUGAAGUCUCAUGAAAGGGAAGAUGAUACAAAAUCAUGUUAUCCAUUUUCAUGCCCAGUGUGCAAGAAGAAAAUGAAACAUAGAUAUUCACUUAAAAGGCACGUUUUGAUCAGUCAUCCUAGCUAUGAAUACAAAGAAAAUAGGAGAAGAAAGUUUAAACCGGACGCCCUGAAUGUAACAGACGAAGACUCUGAGUUAGAUUUGAAGCAGACUAUAGAAAACAUGAACUUCAACACGGACGUUGUGAACACCUGUGAAAACACUGAUUUCACGAUGGAAAUCGAGAAAAUACUGAACGAUGAAAACAUAUUUUUGAGCGAAAGUAACGAUAGAUUGGUUGAUAAACUCAUCGAUAGUGCGGUGAAGGAGAGCAAUUUGGAUAUCUCGGAUUCAGGGCCAGUCAAACAGAAGGAAGUGUGCUUGUCGAUGCCAGAUCUCACUGAAGGGGAUCAAGAAAUCAGACUAGGUGAAAAUGCGUAUAUCCUGGAAAAUGGGACGAUCGUCGAACCAAAAGAAAAUUCUUCUGAAGUGGUUGUUUACGUUAUCAAUCAAGAUAAGUACAAAUAAUUAUAGAUAAGGUCAAAUUUGUCAUAUAUUGUUAUUGGUUUAAUAAACAGCAAUAAAUAAGAAAAUAUUUUAUUAUAGAUAUAACAUUAAAAAUAUAUCAGAAAUACACUGUUAAAUUAGAACUGUCCGAUAGCUUUGACGUUCCCUGCUCUACAUUAUUUACAUUGUCCAAACUGUCUGUAUCAGUCUGAAACAAAAAAAAAAGAGUUGUACUAUACAUAGGUUCAUAGCC